AGCCAUAAAUAGACAAAGCGUACCGAAGUGUUUCUCGUGUUCUGUUCUUUAAAGCCUCUCCCAGCUGAAAUAUUAAAUAUAAUUUUUUUUGUGUGUGCAUUUAUGCAUCAGUUUAGAAGAAUCUAUUACAAUUGCAUUAAAACUUUCUGCUCAUCUAAUAAUUUUUCCAUUCUCGAAAUCUUUGAAACGUUAUUUUAUAAUUAGUGUCAAAUAAUGAAGGCUCUUGGUUCAAUUCUUUUUGUUGCUCUCCAGCUUUGCUUUGCUCAAGUACCUGAAAAAUUAACUGGGAAUCCUUGCAUUUCAAAAGAAACUUGUGGAGACUGUAUUACAGCUGAUCCUGAAUGUGCAUGGUGUUCUCAAGAAGAUUUUACUCUUGAUGGUAGCAGAAGAUGUGAUUAUGCAGGUAAUUUAAGGGGACGAUGUGCAGAUAAUGAUAUCGUUAUGCCGGGCCAAGAAAUGAAAAAAGUGAAAGAUCUAGAACUAAGUAACAAAGGAGUUAAAGAAGGAGAAGCUAUUCAGAUAAAACCACAGGAAAUUACGUUAAAAUUAAGACCAAAUGCUCCAUUUCCUUUGGUGGUUGAUUUUCGCCAAGCUGAAGAUUAUCCAGUUGAUUUAUAUUAUCUAAUGGAUUUGUCCAAUUCUAUGAAGGAUGAUAAAGAUAAGCUAGCAGAAUUAGGCAAUAUGUUAUCUGGUGAAAUGGGGAAAAUUACGCAGAAUUUUCGUUUAGGAUUUGGCUCAUUUGUUGAUAAAGUAGUUAUGCCUUACGUCAGUACAGUGCCGGAGAAAUUAAAAGAACCAUGUACUGAUUGUGCUGCUCCAUAUGGGUUUCUGAACCAUAUGCCUUUAACUACUGCUACGGAUACAUUUGCUAGACUGGUUAGAGAAGCUAGGGUGUCUGGAAAUCUGGAUGCUCCUGAAGGAGGUUUUGAUGCUAUAAUGCAGGCUGUGGUUUGCAAGAGCAAAAUUGGUUGGCGUGAAAAAUCAAGGAAAAUGUUAGUAUUCUCUUCAGAUAGUGGAUUUCAUUAUGCUGGUGAUGGAAAGCUUGGAGGUAUUGUAAAGCCAAAUGAUGGAUUGUGUCAUUUAGAUGACAAUGGAUAUUAUACUGAAAGUGUACAUCAGGAUUAUCCUUCACUGAGUCAGAUUAAUCAUAAAAUACAAGAAAAUAAAGUAAAUAUUAUUUUUGCUGUUACUGCAAACCAGGUGCCAGUGUAUGAACGUCUUAGUAAUCUUCUUGAAGGAUCAAGUGCUGGAAAACUUGAAAAUGAUUCGUCUAAUGUUGUGGAUCUUGUCCGAAAUCAAUAUGAUAAAAUAACCUCUGCUGUGGAGAUGAAAGAUAAUGCUGGAAGUAAUAUACAAGUUACCUACUACUCAACUUGUCUGGAUGGAAAAAAAGAAAAAAGAAAUAUUUGCAAAGGCCUAAAAGUUGGCACAAGUGUUACAUUUGAAGCCAAUAUUGAAGUAACUUCAUGUCCGAAAGAUCCUAAAGAAUGGAAUCAGACUUUCCAGAUAUAUCCUGUUGGUUUGAAUGAAGCUAUGACUAUUCAUCUUGAAAUGAUAUGUGACUGUGAAUGUGAAAAACCAUGGAAUGAAGAAAGAAAUAGUCCAAAAUGUACCUUUGGAAAUGGAACUUAUGAAUGUGGAGUGUGCAGUUGUUACAAUAAUAGGUAUGGUCGAGAAUGUGAAUGUGAUGCAAAAGACAGUGAUCAGGCUACAGAUGAUAUUGGUUGUUAUUAUGGAAAUGAUACAAAACCAUGUUCUGGUAGAGGAGCCUGUCGAUGCGGAGAAUGUGAAUGCUUUAAGCGACAAAACCCAGAAGAAAAAGUAACUGGACAAUUUUGUGAAUGUGAUAAUUAUUCUUGUGAUAGAUCUGAUGGAAAAAUUUGUAGUGGUCCAGAUCAUGGAGAAUGUGACUGUGGUAAAUGCAAAUGCAAACCAGGAUGGAAAGGGUCUGAUUGUGGUUGCAGAGAUACCAAUGAUACAUGUUUAGCUCCUAAUGGGAAAAUAUGCAGUGGCCAUGGUGAUUGUGAAUGUGGGAUUUGUAAAUGUUAUGACUUAGAAGAAGGAAGAUACAGUGGAACUUUCUGUGAACGUUGUCCUACAUGUCCGUUGAAAUGUGAUGCAUUCAGAGAAUGUGUUGAAUGUCAAAUAUUCCCAGAUGACAAUGAUGUUCCUCCUGAAAAUUGCACAGCUUGUUCUUUUAUCACAAUAGGAGUAGAUAAGGUUGAGGUGAAGGAAGAAGAAAACGAGAAGCUUUGUGUUUUCCGAGAUGACAGAGAUUGUCAGUUUACUUUCAAAUACAAGCUGGAUGAAGAAGAUCUGCCUAUUGUUCAUGCUCAAAGGACCAAAGAUUGUCCUGAGCCUGUGAACAUACUAGCCAUUGUACUGGGUGUGAUUGGUGGUAUUAUUGCUGUAGGUCUGGCUUUGCUCUUGAUAUGGAAACUUUUGACUACUAUUCACGAUAGAAGAGAACUUGCAAAAUUUGAAAAAGAGCGUCAGAUGGCACGAUGGGAUACGGGUGAAAAUCCUAUUUAUAAGCAAGCUACAUCCACUUUUAAAAAUCCUAUGUAUGGUGGUAAAUGAUGAUCAUCUUCUGUACUGUAAAUAAUCAUUUUUUCCCUCUUUUCGUUUUGUUUGUUUGGUGCUAUGAAAAGCCAUUUUGGGGCAGCCAUGAUUUUUGACUGUAUCUGAAUUGCCAACUGUGUUUGAGUUGGAAAAUUAUCACCUGAAUUUCAAUUAGUGAAAAAGUAAAGAUUUUAGAAGACAAGAAUUUUGAAGAUCUUUUUCCAGUUAUACUAAGAAACUUUACAUUGUGGUAUUUUUCUUUAAAAAAAUUAAUCUCUUAACCAUUGUGCCAUUAUUUUAACACUAUUUAUGUAUGUGCUUUUUUGUUUGUUUGUUUGUUUGUGUGUGUGUUUAAAUGCAUCAUUUCAUCAUAACAAAUAAUCUGUAAAUUAAUGCUUUUAGUUUUGAAUUUAGAAUUAAGAAUACCAUUGCCUUUGUGCAUAGUAUAGACUAGAUCUCAAUGUGUUCAUAUGAAAUGCUGUUGGAUGUUAAUGCUUCUGUCUUUAUAGGGCUGCUUAGUUCUAGUUAAGUGUUAGAGAUUUUUCAAUCUUUUUCUUCCAAUAUUCAUUUAAAGUGAUAUUUUUUAAUAGCCAGGUGCACUAAAGCAUUGAUAUUUAAAUUAAAUCAGUCUAUGAAAUUUCCCGGUUUCAUAAAAAACUUAUGUGCAAUGCAAUUUUUUUAUUUUAUUUCAAUUAUUUUUUUAAGCAGAAAUAUAAGCAUUUGUAUUAUAGAAAAAUUAUUCUAUAUAGUGCAAAUAUAAUAUCUAAAAGUGCUUUAUCUUUUAAUGUGUAUCACAUAAGAGUGUUAUGUAGUAUAAUUGUAAUAAGUUUUAAACUUCAUUGUAACGAAUCUCUUAAAUUAACAUUUUGCAUUUAUGCAAAGCAUUAAGCUUCAUUUUGCACAACUUCUGAAUCUCUUUUAUUAUCACAUCUUGCAUUCAUUAUGGUUUUGUAGUAUUUAUUAUUUUCUGAUUUCUAUUUCAUAUUGCUUUACAAUGUACUCAGUGUCCUGUAAAAUAUAGCCUUUUACUUUAUUUUGUGAAAUAACUUAAUCAUAUGUUUUGCCAAAUUUUUGUUGUAUUUGGAAGAGUGAUGUGUUCUUAAAAUAUGACUUGUGUUUUUACA